CGGUGAGGCGCCGGCGGCCACGCCGCGGAGGGCGCAGCGCGGGGGAGCGGGGAGUCGGGGCGCGCGCGCAUGGCGGGGGCGCCGGCGGCCGCCUGAGGGCAGCCGGGCGAGCGGAGCGGGCCACCUCGCGCAUCCCUCGAGCGACCUCGCGCCCGCGGCACCCGGCGGCGGCGGGCCGCGGAGCCGGCGCGGCCAUGGCGACGGGCACCCAGCAGAAGGAGAACACGCUGCUUCACCUCUUCGCCGGCGGAUGUGGGGGCACGGUUGGUGCUAUUUUCACUUGUCCACUAGAAGUCAUUAAGACACGGUUGCAGUCUUCAAGAUUAGCUCUUCGGACAGUCUAUUAUCCUCAGGUUCAUCUGGGGACCAUUAGCGGAGCUGGGAUGGUGAGACCAACACCCGUGACACCUGGACUCUUCCAGGUUCUGAAGUCAAUCUUGGAGAAGGAGGGACCAAAGUCACUUUUUAGAGGCUUGGGUCCAAAUUUGGUUGGAGUUGCGCCAUCAAGGGCUGUGUACUUUGCGUGUUACUCCAAAGCCAAAGAGCAGUUCAAUGGCAUUUUUGUGCCUAACAGUAAUAUUGUGCAUAUUUUCUCAGCUGGCUCUGCAGCUUUUGUCACAAAUACCUUAAUGAAUCCUAUAUGGAUGGUUAAAACUCGGAUGCAGCUAGAACGGAAAGUAAGAGGCUCCAAGCAGAUGAACACACUCCAGUGUGCUCGCUAUGUUUACCAGACAGAAGGCAUUCGUGGCUUCUACAGGGGAUUAACAGCCUCGUAUGCUGGAAUUUCGGAAACUAUCAUCUGUUUUGCUAUUUAUGAAAGUUUGAAGAAGUAUCUGAAAGAAGCUCCAUUAGCCUCUUCUACAAAUGGGACUGAGAAAAAUUCCACAAAUUUUUUUGGACUUAUGGCAGCUGCUGCAAUUUCUAAGGGAUGUGCUUCCUGCAUCGCUUAUCCACAUGAAGUCAUAAGGACACGGCUCCGAGAGGAAGGCACCAAGUACAAGUCUUUUGUCCAGACUGCUCGGCUGGUCUUCCGGGAAGAAGGUUACCUUGCCUUUUAUAGAGGACUCUUUGCCCAGCUCAUCCGGCAGAUACCAAAUACUGCCAUUGUGUUGUCUACCUAUGAGUUAAUUGUGUACCUAUUAGAAGACCGUUCCCAGUAACAGGCCAGAAAAUUGUGCUCUAGAAGAAUAAAAUUAAAAAACUAUAGAGAAAUUUUUUUUUUCCAUUGAUGUUUAGAACGUUUGAGACUGAAACAGGAAAGACCAUAAAAUAUGUGGCUCAUAUCCCGUUGGACAUUUCCUUUUGGAUUCAUGUUUUCUGGAAGGUUUAAAUUCAUUAACGUUAAUAGUUAAUUAUAACUUUUGUUUUUUAACUUAAGAGGAUUCAGGAUUAAGCAGCAACUAAAUUAAAUCACACUACUUAAUUUAAGUAUAAAUUUGGUUUGUGUCCUCUUUUAUGUUCACUGUGCUAUAAACUUACAGCUUAAGUAAUUUAGUGAAACAUGACCCUAGAAAUUCAGAGAAAACCUGCAAAAUAAAAAUACAACUUGUUUUGUCAUCUGACACUACACUGCUGAACAAGUAAGAUGUGUUGCAUUCUGGUGGCACUGGGUGGACGGGACAGGCUUCCCAGCCAUUUUUCUGGUCUGUACAUUUCCAAGUCUUGUGCAGAUUGAGAAUUUAAGGUUUCAGGGUGCUGAGUUAGAAAAAAAAUAAGUAUAACUUUCUGACGCUAAAUAUUUAAAAAAAUUUUUUUAGACUGUAAAUGUUUUUCUAAAGUUAUCCUUUAUCCCCAGUUGGAACCAGAGGCAUGAGUUUUAAUGAGUUAUUUACCAAGACUUACUCCUGGACCUAUUUCCAGAAGUUAAGCCAGGUCAACCCCCAAGCACCUUGUACGUGUCAGUCGUGAAUGUGGAAUAUGGUGACUAAUAGGCCCUUCCUGUCAGGUCUUUAACCCUGUUCUUGGAUCCCUAGCACUGGAGGAGAGGACAGUGACACAAGAUUGAUU